UAAAUAAAUGUAGAUUUAGUCUUGAAGUGUAACCAUACAAACUAGUAGGCUACUGUGGUGGUACCAUAAUUCUUUAACAUUUAUACCAUGGUACUAAUGGUCCCUUUUCCCAAAAAGUGAAAAGUCCAUGUUAUUUACAUUCUUUUCCAAAGUUUAAAAAAAAUCAUAUAAUACAUGUUUCUACCCUUACCUUUUUAUUAAGUAAGCCAGGAAAUUAGGCCAACUGUGCUAAGAUCAGCUUUUAUGAGUUAAAUAACGCUAAGCCAAAAACGUUGGACUGAAUGAUCACUAAUUAGCCUACUCGUUGUACAUGUAAAAAACAAGCAUUGUGGGGAGAAAAAAACAACAACAUCUAUUGAGGACGCAUCCUGUUGUUUUUUACCUCUUAGGCAUUCAAGUAUAUUUUCAUGCAGUACGUACUUUAUUUAUUAUUGUAAUUUCCCAGCAGUCGGUAUCAACAUUAUUAUGAACAACAAAUGUGCACUUUUCAAUCCCAAAUAUGGGCUGGAAAUGUAACUAGUUCCGCCCCUCCGAACCGUUACGUCCUCUGGAAUAAGAAAACGGCACAGUCCGAGGACAACUCCCAACCUGGAAACUUAGGGGCGAGCAGGAAAAAGACAUUACCAGACAUAUUUCUCAGCUAUAACCCCUUUUCAUUUCAUCGGGAAGUCAUACAAAUUUGAUUUUUUUUUUCUUUAGUUUUAUUUUUCUUUAACUGAUGGACGAUUUAGGAGUGUGUGAUACAUCCAACUACCCUCUCAGUCCCCGUAUUGUUAUGUUUGAUGCCCUUCUUGCUGAUCUGGAAAAUUCAGCCUUUCCUCUGGGUCGCUAUCCUGUUCUGCUCACCUCUGACCCUCCAGUGAAUUCUGAUCCCCCAUCCAGUGCUCAGGAUCCUGCCCAGAACCGGCCACUCCCUCCAGCAUACACCCCACAAAAAACUGUUUCUGCUGCAAUGAAUUCGAACGGCUCUCCGAACUCUAACCAAGACAAACUUUACAGUACGGUAUGUAAACCACGCUUCCCACGUAUGGCAGACCCUCCUCCUGCUUUCUCCUCCUCCUCAGUUCUGGGUGGAGGGCUGAGUGAACUUGAUCACUUACUACAGGAGCUUAAUGCCACACAGUUCAACAUCACAGAUGAGAUUUUGGCACAAUUCCCCAGCACCAAAAAAGAGGAUCAGUUUUCAAAGUCUGGUCCAUCCUCUACUGGCUCAGCGAAACCCUCAGCUACAUCUGCUACUUUAGAGCUGGACAAAUUAAUGGCGUCUCUAUCAGACUUCAGAGUCCAAAGCACACCAGCAGCACCCGCGGGUCCUGUGGCAUCUUCAUCACAACAAACAGCUUCUCCACCCUCUGCAUCCUCUGGAGGCUCAUUGGACAGCAUGUUGGGUCUUCUCCAAUCAGAUCUGAGCAGGCAGGGAGUGCCUACCUCCUCUAAGGGAAACUGUUCCGCCUGUCAGAAACCAGUUGUAGGACAGGUUGUAACAGCUCUGGGACGGGUUUGGCAUCCAGAGCACUUUGUUUGCUCUGAGUGUGAGUGUGAGCUUGGCAAUUGUAAUUUCUUUGAGAAAGAUGGUCGACCAUACUGUGAGCCUGACUACUUCACCCUGUACUCACCUCACUGUGCACAAUGCAACAAGCCCAUACUCAAUAAAAUGGUGACUGCGCUGGAUAAAAACUGGCAUCCAGAAUGCUUUAGCUGUGUGAAAUGCAGCUCAACAUUUGGAGAUGAAGGUUUUCAUGACCGUGAAGGCAAGCAGUACUGCCAGAAGUGUUUUCUGGCUCUCUUUGCCUCUCGUUGUCAGGGUUGUUCCCAGCCCAUCAUGGAGAAUUACAUCUCAGCUCUAAGUGCUCUGUGGCAUCCACAAUGCUUUGUUUGUAGGGAAUGCUAUAGCCCAUUUGUGAACGGGAGUUUCUUUGAGCAUGAGGGGCAACCUUUGUGUGAAGCUCACUACCACCAGUCCCGAGGAAGCGUGUGCCAGGCAUGCCAGGAACCCAUCCUGGGGCGCUGUGUCACCGCAAUGGGUGCCAAGUUUCAUCCACAGCAUCUGGUGUGCCACUUCUGCCUGAAACCCCUUAGCAAAGGCUGCUUCAAAGAGCAGGACAACAAACCAUACUGCCACCCCUGCUUCAUUAAACUCUUUGGCUGAGGAGAGUGAGGAAAGAUGAUAAAGCAGAUUACUCAACUGCCAUCCAGCUUUUCAUGAAAAAAAAAAAAAAUUGUUGCCAAAUAUACAUUGUAUGGCCAAAUGUACUGUAUGUUAAUUGACUUAUAUAUCAGUUAAUUAACCUUCUAAUUAACAGAUAUAACUAUUCUUAAUCUUAAAGGUGCAUUAUGCAGGAUCCCCCCCCC